UACGCGCGUCGUGCGCGUCAGGAUCCUCGUUAGCACUCUUUAUACCGUUUUUCGUCAUGGUUGCCAGUACAUCAGAGCAGCUGUCUGCUCUAGCCAAUACUACCGUCAUCGUCCACCCUCUCGUUCUCCUCUCUGUCGCGGACCACCAUGCUCGGGCUGUCUCACGAAACUCUCACAAGCGCGUCGUCGGCGUCCUAUUAGGACAGGACAACGGCAAGACCAUCAACGUCGCCAACUCAUUCGGUAUACCAUUCGAAGAGGACGAAAAGGACAGCAAGACAUGGUUUCUGGAUCAUAACUAUAUACAAGGGAUGUAUGAGAUGUUCAAGAAAGUUAACGCAAAGGAGCGGUUGAUUGGCUGGUAUCACUCAGGUCCCAAGCUAAGGGCAUCAGACCAGGAGAUAAACGACUUGUUCAAGAAGUUCAUUGCUCGUCCUGUCAUGGUUAUUGUAGAUGUGCGGCCGACGACCGUGGGGAUACCUACGGAUGCUUACUUUGCAGUUGAAGAGAUUAAAGAUGAUGGUACGGAGACACGGAAAACGUUUCAACACGUUCCAUCGGCAAUUGAGGCUGAAGAGGCGGAAGAGAUCGGUGUCGAGCAUCUACUACGCGACAUUAAGGAUUCGACAACGACGACACUAGCAACGCGGGUGACAGAGCAGCUGGCGUCCUUACGGGGUCUGCAGUCGCGAAUGAGUGACGUCCAAAAAUAUCUUGUCGAGGUUGCUGCCGGGAAGAUGCCCGUGAACCAUCAGAUAAUAUAUCAUCUCCAAGACGCUCUGAAUCUUCUACCCAAUCUCGCAGAUCCGACGACUACACAAAGCUUCGCUUCGAGCACGAAUGACGAGCUGCUCGUGGUAUACAUGAGCAGUCUGCUUCGGGCGGUGAUUGCGCUGCAUGCGCUGGUGGACAAUAAGUCGACUAUUGGCCGAACAGAGUUCGAAGAGGGCGCUCCUGAUGAGAAGAAACUGACAAAAGGGGAUGGCAAGAAGGGCGAGAAGGACGAGAAGGAGGACGUAAAGGCUAAGGAGACGAGCAAAACUGACGGGGAUCAAAAGGGGCUGUAAAUGUAUUCAUUUUCCGUUCACUUUUGUUGUUCAGUUGGCGUUUUUGGAUGAACGUGAGAGAACGGAUGCCUCAUGGCUAAGCUAAUC